AUCAGAGAGACUGAGGUCAUCGACCCCCAGGAACUGGAGGGCCGCUACUUCUCUGGAGCCCUCCCUGACGAUGAGGACGUGGGGCUGCCUGGGCAGGAGCCUGAUGACUUCGAGCUGUCCGGCUCUGGGGAUCUGGAUGACUCCGAGGACCCCAGGAUCCUCCCUGAAGUGCCCCACCCCUUGGUGCCUCUAGACAACCACAUCCCUGAGAGUUCAGGGCCUGGGAGCCGGCUGCCCACAGAACCCAAGGAACUGGAGGAGAAUGAGGUCAUCCCCAAAAGGAUCUCACCCUUCGAUGGGGACGAUGAUGUGUCCAACAAGGUGUCUAUGUCCAGCACCGCCCAGGGCAGCAGUAUCUUUGAGAGAACAGAGGUCCUGGCAGCUCUGAUUGUGGGCGGCGUCGUGGGCCUCCUCUUUGCCACUUUCCUGGUCCUGCUGCUGGUGUACCGCAUGAAGAAGAAGGACGAAGGCAGCUAUGAUCUGGGCAAGAAGCCCAUCUACAAGAAGGCCCCCACCAAUGAGUUCUACGCCUGAAGCUUCCUCGUGGGCACUGGCUUGGACUUCAGAGGAGAGGGAAGCCCAAAGGGCCUUGAAGAAUAGACAUGAAGGUCAGGGAGGGCAGCCUCAUGCUGACUUGUCUGUGUCUCCAGCUCCAAUUCCUUUUCAAUGUCAGAAGAGACAGCAUCUCCUAC